AUGACUCGCCCAGCUGUCCCAAUCAUCGUUGGCGUAGGAGAUGUGGUCAACAGGUCUCGCAAGGUCGAGGAUGCCAUCGAGCCGCUCGAAUUGAUGGUCCAAGCAAUUGAUAAAGCUUUCGAAGAUAGUGGACUUACGAAUUCGGCCCAGUCUAGCCUUCAGUCGCAAGUCGACACUCUUGAUGUUGUCCGCACAUGGACUUGGCCAUAUCCCGAUCUACCUGGCUUGAUAUCGAAGAGGAUAGGGGCUAAGCCGGAGAGACAGCACUACACUGACCAUGGAGGCAAUCAGCCGGCCUACCUGUUGGACGAAGCUGCAAGGCGUAUAUCAAAAGGAGAGAGCAAGGUUGCAAUCUUGACGGGUGGCGAAGCUUUGGCGUCGUUAUCCGCAUGUGCGGCUGCGAAGAAGCUGCCUCCUCCUGGUUGGACACCUCUUGCAGAAGAGGUCAACAGCGUCUUCUCGCCCACCACACGAGAACUCAAACCUGGUGCGUUGCCCGGCAGCUGGACGCCUGAGCGAACAGGAACUGAUCUUGUAGAUGUUGGAUCUAAGCACUCCAUUGGCAAUCCUAUUCAUAUCUAUCCACUCUACGAAAACGCUUAUCGUGCUCACCAUAACCAAAGUAUUGCUGAGAAUCACAAGGAGAGCGCGGCUUUAUAUGCAGAGUUCGCGAAGGUUGCUGAGCAAAACGAGUACGCUUGGAGUCAUGGCAGGCCAGCCGAUAGUGCAGAGAGUAUCGGAGCUGUGAGCAAGAAGAAUCGCAUGAUCUGCUUUCCUUAUCCCUUACUGAUGAACGCUUUCAACACUGUGAACCUGGCUGCUGCAUGUAUCGUUACAUCGACUGAGUACGCACGAGAACUUGGCAUACCUGAAGAGAAGUGGAUAUAUGCUUUGGGUGGUGCCGGUACACAAGACAGCGCUGAAUUCUGGAAACGUCCUUCGUUCUGGUGGAGUCCUGCUAUAUCGCGAUCACUUGAUGCAGGACUACGAGUUUCUGGCCUUCAGAAGUCAGACAUCGAUCUCUAUGACUUCUACUCCUGUUUUCCCAUUGUGCCAAAGCUGGCUACGAAUAGCUGGGGCAUGCCAGUAGGCAAUGCACCAAAACCGGUAACACUUCUGGGUGGACUUACGUCGUUCGGCGGAGCUGGCAACAACUACUCUAUGCAUGCUAUCACUGAGAUGACACGACGAUUGCGGAGUGGCAGAGGCAAAAAUGGUCUGAUCCUGGCCAAUGGCGGAGUCGUAACGUAUCAGCAUGUCGUCUGCCUGUCGAGAAGUCCCCGGCUGGAUGGCUUACCCUAUCCCAAUGAGAAGCCUUUGCCAACAUAUGUCACGGAUGUACAAGUGCCUCUGGUGGACGGGACUGUGGAAGGGCCUGCUACUGUUGAGACCUACACUGUGGAGUUCGGCAGAGAUGGCAGACCUGCAAUAGCUUUCAUCAUAGGCCGACUAAAGUCGAAUGGCCAUCGAUUCAUCGCCAAUCACGCAGACGAAGAGACUUUGCAAGCAUGUUCGACUACUGAGGUGGAACCCAUCGGGCGAAGUGGAACUGUGAAGACAAACGACGAUGGGCGCAAUCUGUUUAGCUUUACUGUUCCGAGAAGUAAUCUGUAA